AUAUUGGGAAAAAUGGGAUGGGACGAGUAGAUUCGUUGUCAUCAAUGAAGCUGCCAAGCCGGUUAUCACCCAUUUCUUAAGAAAACCGAAGCGGGAAAUUACUAUAAAUCACUGCCAACAGCAUGCCACAAACUGUCUGAACCCUGCCAGCUUGUGAAAGGGUCCUGUUUUGCAGCCAAGAUGGUGCUACAACCGCUGGAAUUUAGCGAGUGCUAUCUAGACAGUCCCGAAUUCAGGGAAAGUUUACACUCGCACGAAAAUGAACUGGAACGCACGAACAAGGCGAUUAAAGAGUUGAUACGGGAUGGAAAAGCGCUGUUGAACGCCGCUAGAAAUUUAUCCAAAGCCCAGAGGGCUUUCUCAGACACACUCAUCAGUUUUAACUUUGAGUGCAUCGGGAUGUCACAGACAGAUGAUGAAAUUGACAUUUCACAAUCUCUGAAGGAGUUUGGGAGGCUCAUCGCAUCCAUCGAAGAUGAACGAGAUCGCAUGCUGGAACAUGCCAAGGAUCAGCUCAUUGUCCCUCUGGAAGCCUUUCGCAAGGACCAGAUUGGCUCAGCAAAGGAGGCCAAGAAGCAGUUUGAGAAGCAGACAGAGAAGUUCUGCAAGUCGCUGGAUAACCACGUUGGCCUGACAACGAAGAAGAAGGAGACUUCUCUGCAGGAGGCUGAUGCAGCCCUGGAGUUGGAGAGGAGAGAGUUUCACCGAGAGUCCCUGAUGUACGCCCGCAUCCUGCAAGAGGUCCAGGAGAAGAAGAAGUUUGAGUUUGUGGAGACGUUAUUGGGAUUCAUGUACAGCUGGCUGACGUUCUACCAUCAAGGUCAUGAGGUGGCCAGGGAGUUCAAGCCGUACAUGACAGAGCUGCAGCUCAAGUUGCAGAAUAUUCGGGCCGGGUUUGACAUGACCAAGCAAGAGGCGGAGACUCUGAUGAAUAAGAUGAUGGAGGUGAGGAAACCUCAUGAACAACUGAAGUCCAACAAAAUUCAAGAAGGCUACCUAUACAUCUACGAGAAAAGGGCACUCGGCUCCAACUGGGUGAAGAACUACUGUCGGUACAACAAGGAAACCAAAGUUUUGAGGAUGAUUCCCUUUGUCCAAACACUGCCCAGGCCAUUAACAGAGGACAAGGUAACGGUCACAUCCUGCACAAGGCGAAUGACAGACUCCAUAGAGAAACGAUUCUGCUUUGAUAUCAACAGCAUGGAAAAGCCUCACAUAAUCACAUUACAAGCAAUCACAGAGAGAGAACGCACACAGUGGAUGACAGCCAUGGGAGGCAAGGAGCCGAUUUACAUAAAUCCGGCCCACAUCUCGAAGAAAGACGACAACUUGCUCAAUGACAUAGGCUUCCAUUUCAUCAAGAAGUGCAUAGAAGCCAUCGAGAGUCGAGGUUUAGAUGACCAAGGUCUGUACAGAGUAGUUGGUGUCAACUCAAAAGUCAUGAGGUUAACAUCUCUUUGUCUUGCAGACAAGAGGAAGCCGCAGAAUGUCAACUUGUCCGACUCAGGGGAAUGGGAAAUCAAGACAAUCACCAGCGCUUUGAAGAACUAUUUCAGGAAUUUGCCAGAGCCGCUGAUGUCAUUCAGGCUGCACGAUCAGCUUAUAGCUGCAGCAAAGCAAGAGACAAAAACAUUAAGAGUGAACGACAUCCACGGUCUCGUCCACCAACUAGACGAGCCCAAUUUUGAAAUGCUGGAUCUUCUUAUAGCUCACUUAAGAAGGGUGGCAGACCACUCUGAGGUCAACCUGAUGACGGUGACCAACCUUGGCGUGUGCUUUGGGCCGACGUUGAUGCGCCCGGAGGAGGAGACAAUGAAGGCCAUCAUGGACAUCAAGUUCUCCAACAUUGUCAUCGAGAUCCUCAUCAGGCACUAUGAAAAGAUUUUUAAGACGGCACCAGACAGCGGGGGCAGGUCACAGUUUCGCAACGUUGUUCCUCCUUCCACCUCUGUGCUCCCCAACUCAACUGCCUCGUCCGUCUCCAGCACCUCCUCAACGCAGAUGUCACCCAGGAACGGCAAGCAGCAGCAACCACAGCAGGUGUCCAGGUCAGAUCCCAUGCCCACCCGGGGCUACCACACCCAGAUAUCGGCCGGUGGGCGGGACCAGUCGCCCAGACGAACAGUGGAACCUCAGUACAGUUCCAGCAGCAGUCGGGAAUCCAUCAGCUCCCAGUCCUCCAUCUCAACUCACUCAUCCAGCUCCUCACCACCAACCAAUAAGAAGGCCAACUCACUGUCAACAGCACCUGGGGAAGGUACUCCCAAACUAACGAGGCAGACAGAGCCCCAGUUCUUCUGGAGGUCCAUUCAAAUGCGGAAAUACCCCAAGUACCACACAUACCACGGCAAGACACCACCGUUGAGUCUGCCUGGAAGUCUUGAGGAUAACAGGCAGUUGUCUAUCAUGCCUAUAUUGAGGCAACCAGGUGAUCUGGCUCAGCCUGUCAAAGGUGCACCCAGCACUAUAACAAGGCCUCCGUUAGCGAGAGCAGAUGAAAUAUUUGAUAGGGAGAGCAGAGAUGUUCAGAUUCGCAACAAGAGUGCUUCCGCCAGCUCCAAUACGAGUUCCUCAUCAGCCUCACAAUCCAGCAGUUCUGAUACUUCUGGAUUCCAACCUCCCAAAAGUGAAAUUAGGCGCUUAAUUGAGUCAGAUCCUAGUAAAAAGGACAUUUGUGUGAGGACGUUAUAUGCAUGCGAUGCUGACAACGAAUCCGAGUUAUCGUUUGUUCCCAAUGAGAUCAUUAUCAAUGUUAGAGCUUCAAAGGAGAAAGGCUGGCUACUGGGAACACUGAAUGGCAAAACCGGCCUCAUCCCAGAAAACUAUGUAGAGAUACUACCAGGACCAAGUAGCUGCACCUAGCAUAGACCCAAAUUCUGCUUAGCCUCCAUACAAGUAGUUUAUAACUAAUAUAUGAUAUUAUGUAAACAAAAAUGCAUACAGUUUUUAAGAACUUUCCCAAAAUGUGUAUGUAGUCUGGUGCAUCCCCUUAGCAGGAUUUUUACCCCAGGACAUUUUUAAAUGGUGCACAUAAUACAAACAUAUUAGACAUUUCUGAUGGGAAAUUAAGUAGAGUCAUGAAAUAUUGAACCUUUUGAAGGUAAAGAUAGGCUGUAAUUGUUGGAUGUGUCAAUGUUUAAUAGUCAGGUUGAUGUCAUCGCCAAGGUAAUGGGUUACAUGCAACAUUUUUCAACAUUGUUCAUGUUCAAUGCCCAAUUCUUCCCCAUAAAACAACCACCUGUAAUAACACUCUAGAAGCAGGACAGACAACAAAGGGCUUGUUAAGAGGGAAGCUAGUCCCAAAUAUUGCCCUACAUAUGCCCCCUUGAAAAUCCGGCUUUUUUUGAAUGAAAAGUGAAAGUAUGUUUGUUUGUUUGUUUCUCCUUACAAUGAGACCUGUGUACCAUAGUUCCUUUCUUCUCACUGACUAGUCUGUGACUCCCCUGAAGUUCAAAGAGAGCAGAGAAUUUCACUGACAUAAUAUGGGCCCACAAAAUCAAGUGAAAAUCUUGAGAUUGCGGAUUUUCCCAGAUUUAUGACAGCACUAUUAAUGCACAGCUCAAGAAAGAGGUGACUUUAAAAACUGCUAAGAAUUUAUGUAAAAACUUUAAACAAAAAGACAAACACUGCAGUUGCCAAGUUAAGAACAUUUGCAACUGAUUUAUUGAAAUAUGGAAUCUGAUAGAAAACUGUAGUCAGCAUUUGAUGUUUUUUUAAAUUUCAAAAUCAACAAACUCAGUGCAUUUGAACUUGGCUGUUCUGUCAAACAACUUUGUGCAGCUUUGUCCUUUCAUGGGCACGGGUCACUUGUGCUGCUGGUUCCUACCUCUUCCCAGUGUAAGCUAAUUAUGUGUUUCCUCAUUAUCAAUAUUACUCAGUGUCCGGUGAAAAGCAGACAAGAUGUAGAAAAGAUCCUUGUCUGUGGCAUCUGUUCUUUGUGGUCUUUUUCUUCAAAGAAAACUGAAUGUCAAAACAGAAGAUUUGUACUUAAUAGAAAAUUGUUUGUUGUAAAGCUUAAGUAACGGAUUUCAAAUAAGAACUUUUAAAAAUAUUGUCUACUUCAUCGUAUUGUGUCAAAUUUUGAAAAACAGCAGUUUGGUUUUGGUAUGAGUGUAGAGAGUAAGAACUGAAUUCUGUUUUGAUUUUAGAACACUGUGGCAGGUGUUAAAGGUUGGUAAAUGGGGAAUAUUUGUACUGCAGUAAUACACUGUCUUGUUAAAUUACAAAAACAAUCGAAAGUUAUGUAUAUAAUAUAUUGGUAUGUGAAUCUGCUGUUAUCUCAUUGCUGCAGUGUUCUACAGCAGGUAAUGAGGGGUGUGUGGAUGAUCAGUUUUAUAUAUAGCCCCACAGGAGUGGCAAGUAGAUUUACCUUUAAGCUUUGAAAUUGAUGGAGGCUGUAUCCAAUAUAUGGGUAAUCCCUUGCUGAUGGAGGCAGGAAUCUUGAAUGCCCAUUUGCUCAGUCACAGCCGUAGAUGUGACAAACCCAAUUCCAAUUUUGGGCCAGUUUUAAUUUGGACCCAGGAUGCAGUUUGGCACUGUAGCCCAGUGAGUGAUAGACAGGAGUGUGUUGCCUAAGCAUCCCUCAUCCAGAAAGAUAGAUUAUUGGGGGGGGGUUGAAGAUAUUUUGGAGGCACAGCAUCCUUCCUAGCAAGAUAUGACAAACAAAUAUCUCCCUCCCGUCUAUUUAUACUACAUUCCUUGAUGGUGUAGACUUCGUAUGUGUAGCUGUACAUAGACAAGGGAACUAGUCUAAUUCUUUCCCUAAAACUGCUACUUUUUUGUACAGAGACAAUGGCUUAGGCCAAUAGAGCAGUUGUGUGUAUUUAAAUGUUGCCAAGUUCUGUAACUUAAAAUUUAUUUAAAAAAUCAAAAUUUUUUAUCUUCAUGAUAUAGGGAGUUGUUUUCUUCGUUAUGCGUGUGCCGUGGCUCCAUUCUUUACCAAAGAUGCUUCUUUUUGUUUGAAUGACUAGACUGGCUGUAUCAUGUAGCAGACGUCGUGCAUUGCUGGUUGGCAUUUCAGUUUAUUACAGAUGGCUGCGACAUGUCAGUCUAUGCAAAAUCAGUGGCUUUAGUUGUGUGGGUGAAAAGAGAAGAAACUCAGCAUGUACAUUCUUUUAGAAUGCCUCUUCCCUUUUUGGUUGAGUGUUUUUAAAAGCAAUUUUUAGCUGAUCAUUGUGUACAGAUCUCCCAAGGGAACAUGAUGAUAUAAGCAUGUGACUAUGUACCAAGAGGUCAAUUUGAAACCAUUUUUUUCUAUAAAUUUUUUGUUCGUUUGUUUAUUUUUAAUUCGUUUAUUGUUUUGAUUGAUCUGGUCUUCAUUGGAAUAAAUGAAGUCCCAAGCAUCUUUAAUCAGCAGUAGAGACAUAUCAAAAACGGGGUUUCGUAACUUCAACUUGUUCAAGACUUUUUUGAGUUACUGUAUGCAACAGAUUUGUUAAAGCAAAUCAAAGGAUUUCUGAAGGCAAAUGUAAUUUAGGAAGUUUUUUGUGAAUCUCGGAUUAGUUUUCUUUUAUCGUUAUUAAUCAUUACUCAUUAAUUAUUGUAAAUCAUUACCCAAAUGCAGUGAAGUUCAAUGUACGUAUCAAAAAAUUGUGUUCUCUUUCCUAGUACGUGGCAAGCUAUCUCUGAACUGAAAUCAUAUAGUUGUAUACCUAGCCUGCUCACUCGAAAUAAUUUAUUGAUGUACAAAAAGAACUAACUUUAAACUCCAGUAUAAAACUGAGUGGAAAAAAUUAAUGUGAAUAUACGUUAUGUCACACAUCAAUAAAAUAUAAGGCUCGCACUACGUGAGCCAUCCAUUUUAAGCCUGUGAUUUUUUUAAUUCUCCAUCGACUCAGCAGUGGGGAUUAUUACAGUCACAACAGGUUUGCCAACUGUAGUUUUACUUACCACCGAUUUUUUUUUCAAAAAUUAACACCUAUUUUCCUGAUUGAUUUACUGGCUGUGCACUUUUACUGUUUUUGAUUUCAGUUGCAGCUUUUUGUUGUUUUUGAUUCCCAACAGUUCGGAAAUGUAUUUGAUAUACCUGGUUGUCAGAUAUUAAAAUGUAUUCUGUUGUACUCGGAUGUGUUUCCCACGUAGGAACCAGACUCUUGAUUUAAACCAUGUUGGGCAGAAUACCAUGUCUAGCAGAAUCGCUGCAUGAAUUUUGUUUUGCCAUGGCUAGCUCUGCUGUCUGUCUUGUUUGAAUAUUUUUCUUUCGUAUUUGUUUUUUUAUCUUUUUCCCGUCAAUCAUUUUAGGUGUUAUACACGUGCACUUUUCUUGUUUGCUUUGCUGGUUGAAUCACCGCGAUUAAAUCUCUUUAAAACAGAACUAGCUUUGUGCAAAUAGUGAGGACAUAUGGAUUGCUGUGACAUCAGUACAUUCAAAUAAAUCUCAUUAAUGACUUUUUUAUGCUAUAGUUGGCCAAAGUCAGCUCAUGGUUUUUAUGGUUACUUUUAUUUUCUAGACCAUUUCCUUCGUAGACCACUCUUAUUGUUGUAUAGAGGUACUUUUAUUGCUUACUGUCAGUAAAACAAACAGCGAGAUGCAGAGUUGGUCUUAAGCUAGUUAGCAGGCUUGCAGUAAAUUGCUUUUUCAAAUUAAGAGGAAUAUUUAAAAUUGAAUGCAUGGAUCAUAACUAGGUACACAUUUGGGUAUGUCAAAGCCCUUGCUUGUCGCUGGUUUUAUCAUUAAUUUGCAAUAUCUGAUUCCGUCAUGACGCUUUUUUAAUAAACAAUUUGUAUUUUACUCCCUUAGAACACAACUUUUAUUGCUCAUCUAGCUGGGCUAAUAGAGAGUUUCUGUAGAGUGUCUUUAUUUUGUAUCGGACUUGAAUAUUGAGACGUUGUGUAUUUUACCUAUUUCGGUUUUCAUUUUACCCGAUGACUGUGAAAUAAUACGUAAUAUUGUUAUUGAAUAAUCAAGUAAAUUGCCAUCAUUACUCGAACAGAAGUGGAUUUUCCCCCCUGUAUUAUUUUGACUUGUAUAUUGCCAAAUCUGUGGACGCCCUGAGCGUUGCGUUUUUCUUAUUCAGUUGAGAUUAGCUCUGAUAAUAAAGAACGGGUCUUGAAACAAAA